AUGUCUUCAAAUCUAGAGAUCGCAAAGCCUCUCCGAAAGAUUACCGAUCCCAGCGAGAUACCCAGGUUCGCCGCCAUUGUCGCAGCAGCGUUUUCUCAGGAUGCACUCAACCGCUACCUCUUCAUGGGCCGCGAGUCAAACCCUGAACAUCCCAAAAUCCAAACGCUCGAUGAUCGAAAAAAAUACUGGGAGGCGAUCAUCCAGCCUCGUUUCGAGGGCGGAGCUAUCCUGGUAGAGUUUCCUCCAGGCGUUGAGAAGAAGCCUCACCCAGCAGCCACCGUUUCAGAGGGCGUUGCUGAGUACUUGACGUUCUACAAAGCACUCAAGGAGGAGAAGCUAGGCAGUCGUCCACACUGGCACCUGAACAUCAUCGGACGAGACCCGGAACGAAGUGACAAAGGCGCUGUAACAGCCAUCUUCGAGCCGUUCUUGGCCGAGGCAAAGGCGAAGAACAUCCCGGUUUGGUUGGAGUCGACGAAUGCGCAUGCUAAAGGCGUGUACGAGUAUUUUGGAUUCAAGGUCGUGGGACAGAUCAGGAUCGGCAAAGGCAUUGCUGGGAGCGAUGGAUGGGUUAAGGAAGGGGGCGACGGUGUGGAAACAUGGGGUAUGAUUGCAGGUCUUGAUGGAUGGUGA